AUGACGAUGACGGCGCAUUCGGACUUCGCAUCCAACGGCCAAAACGGCGAAUCGCAGAAGCGCCAGUUUGCGACUCUUGCGGUUCAUGCUGGCGCGCCUCAUGACCCCACAACCGGAGCUGUCAUUGCGCCGAUCUCCCUGUCCACAACAUUUGCCCAGAACAGCGUUGGCAGUCCAGUAGGACUGUACGAAUACACUCGAAGCUCAAACCCCAAUCGAGAUAACUUUGAAGAAGCUGUCGCCGCCCUCGAGCAUGCCAAAUAUGCCCUAGCCUUCUCCUCCGGAUCUGCCACUACGGCAACAAUUCUCCACUCGUUAGCUCCUGGCUCCCAUGUCGUCUCCGUGUCCGAUGUAUACGGUGGGACACACAGAUACUUCACCAAGGUCGCCUCGGCACACGGCGUCGAUGUGUCUUUCUCGACUUGCCUGGAAUUGGACGUUGAGAAGCUGAUCCGGCCUGGCCAAACCAAGCUGGUUUGGAUUGAGACUCCAUCAAACCCUACGCUGGCUCUUGUUGAUAUCCGCAAAGUCGCCGCCGCUGCGCAUCAGCGUGGCGUUCUGGUUGUUGUUGACAACACUUUUAUGAGCCCGUACGUCCAGAAUCCUUUGGAGCACGGUGCUGAUGUCGUGAUUCACUCCGUCACAAAGUAUAUCAAUGGACACUCUGAUGUGUUGAUGGGCGUCGCAGCCUUCAACUCUGACGAAUUGAAAGAACGAUUCACAUUCCUCCAGAACGCCAUUGGAGCCGUUCCAUCCCCGUUCGACUGCUGGCUUGCCCACCGCGGUCUCAAAACCCUUCACCUUCGCGCGCGCGAAGCCACAACAAACGCCACUGCUGUCGCUAAAGCACUCGAAGCAUCUCCACAUGUGAUCUCCGUGAACUAUCCCGGUCUUGAUUCUCACCCAAACCGAGAAAUCGCUGUCAAGCAGCACCGCCAGGGAAUGGGCGGCGGCAUGCUGAGUUUCCGCAUUAGAGGUGGCCAGAAGGCCGCUCAUCUGUUCUGCGAGUACACCAAGAUCUUCACCCUGGCGGAGAGUCUGGGCGGUGUUGAGAGUCUAUGCGAGGUCCCCUCAAGCAUGACUCAUGCGGGGAUUCCAAAGGAGGAGCGCGAAGCGGCUGGCGUCUACGAUGAUCUAGUUCGCAUGAGCUGUGGUAUUGAGGAUGCAGAGGACCUGAGGGCCGAUACCCUUCAGGCUCUCGAGAAAGCCGUGGCCGCUAGCCAGGCUGUGAAGAACGGAAGUGCAUAA